AGGAAGGUAGCUCCGGCUUAUACUGCCAUUUGCCCUCCAAAGGACGGAUACAGACACACACAAAUACUCAUACACACAAACACGGAUAGGUACAGAACUGUACACAACAUCACAGAGUCUGAGAUAAUCAGACUGUUUUCAGCUUCAGGAUUCAAUUUCAGGAGUUUUUGUUUUGUCCUGUCACCUGGGGCGACCUCACCGAUCAUGAAUCCUGAAUAUGACUACCUGUUCAAACUUCUUCUGAUCGGUGACUCUGGAGUCGGAAAGUCAUGUCUGCUGCUGCGCUUCGCGGAUGACACCUACACUGACAGCUACAUCUCCACCAUCGGAGUCGACUUCAAGAUCAGGACCAUCGACAUGGACGGGAAGACAGUGAAACUACAGAUUUGGGACACAGCAGGUCAGGAGAGGUUUCGAACCAUCACCUCCAGCUACUACAGAGGAGCUCACGGUAUCAUUAUCGUCUACGACGUCACAGAGCAGGAGUCCUUUAACAACGUGAAGCAGUGGCUGGACGAGAUAGAUCGUUACGCCUGUGAAAACGUCUCCAGGCUGCUGGUGGGAAACAAGUGUGACCUCGUUAGUAAGAAAGUGGUGGAUGCUGCCACUGCUCAGGACCUGGCCUCGUCUCUUAAGAUCACCUUCCUGGAGACGAGUGCUAAGAGCUCUGAUAACGUGGAGAGGGCUUUCCUCACCAUGGCCUCUGAGAUCCACAAGCGCCUGGCUAGCGAGGGAGGGGGCAUGCAGGGCGAGUCGAAAGAGGCCAGGGCCCAGAGCGCCAAAAUCAACAGCGCUCCCCUGUGGCUGGGAGGGGAAAAACAGACGCAGGAGGCCAAUAACUGCUGUUGAGUACAGAAGAUAUGUACGCUGUUCAAAAGAGAGAGGUGUGUCAUUUUCAACACAUCCACCUGUCUAGUUUCAGGACUAUGAUUGUGUGUUUUGGACAAACACAUAUUGUCAGAAUAUUUAAAUCUUUUAACUAAAACCAUAAAAAAAAUGUGACUUUUCAGGAAGAAAAACAAGUGUUUUUAGCUUGACUACAUUAUAUUUUUGAGCUUGGUAUUUUUGAAUUAAAUAUAUAAUGGUAUUUCUGCUUAACUAAGGAGCAGAGACAAACAGGAGAGAUGACAGAAACAUUUGAAACUCAGCUACAUGAACAACUAUGACAGUGUGGGACCAUCGUGGACCAUUUACUGUAUCACUCCUUUAACUCAACAUAAAAGAUGAAAAUUGUAGAAUCGUAAACCUGUCACACAAAAAUAGCAAUAUUUGAAUAAUAGUUAAUACUCACACAGUAUGAGAAGAUUUGAUUCCAAUGUGUGAUAUAAACAGUUUGAGCUGCUGAUUCAUUUUCUGUGUGAUUUAAACUGCAGCUACCACCAUAUCCCUCAGUGGUGAUUCAUUGUAUUUACCAGUUUUUGUUGUGUUUAGCAUGUUGUCAAUAAAUACA